CGUUAAACAUACAACAACCAGCUCUCCACGGAUUGAGAAAAGUUUUUAUUUGUUUUAACUAAAAGCUGAAUAUAGAUUCCUCGUUCAUAUAAAUAAAUAAAUUGAUCCUUGAAUCUGACGCAAAAUAAUUUCAGUAAAAGUGUUGAGACAUAAAGUGGACUGAGACUACAAAUUAAAUUCGACAUUUUUCAUAUCGAAUGUUAUCUGAUUUUAACUGAAGAAGAGGAUAAUAUAAAAAAAAACCUUCGUGAAAGUUUAACGUCCAUUUAUUUGAACGAAACUCCAAUUUUAAUUGAUGUCACGCACAAUAAUCAUGUUCAUCGGCUGAGUUAAUCUCACUCAUCUAAAUUAUCAUAAUACGUUAAGACAUAAACAAAGGAAAAUUCAUCGAGCUGACGUAAAGAGGCAAAAAGCAAACGAGAAAAUAUUUUUCCAUAUUUUCACCCAGUCACCACAACACUAAAAUACACGUACCCAUCAACGAUAUGGCAAUGGCAAUAAAUCAAACAACUAUCGAUUAUGUGGAAAAAGUUGUGGAGAACAACACCGUGUUGGCGAAUCCAACAACAACAGCCACACCGGCUUGGUUGAACACGGGCCGAAUUCAAAUCCCUCUGUACGCAACAAUAUUGCUCCUGGCUGUGAUUGGAAAUUUUUUAGUGAUUUUAACGCUGGUGCAGAACAGACGAAUGCGAACGAUAACGAAUGUAUUUUUACUGAAUUUGGCUGUGUCCGACAUAUUGUUGGGAGUAUUGUGCAUGCCGUUCACAUUAAUUGGAACAUUGCUGCGAAAUUUCGUGUUCGGCGAAUUUAUGUGCAAAAUCAUACCGUUUUUACAAGCAUCAUCGGUGUCAGUUUCAGCUUGGACAUUAGUUGCUAUUAGUUGCGAACGUUAUUAUGCCAUAUGCCAUCCACUACGAUCUCGACGAUGGCAAACUCUAAAGCACGCGUAUAAAUUGAUUGCACUUAUAUGGAGUGGCAGUUUGUUGUGUAUGUCGCCCAUAGCUGUUUUAAGUAAACUUAUACCGACAAGAGACGGUCAUCAUAAAUGCCGAGAGCAAUGGCCAGCCGACACAAAAGACUAUGAACGAUCUUUUAAUAUACUGUUGGAUGUAAUUUUGUUAAUUUUGCCGCUAAUGCUGUUGGCGUCGACAUAUUCUUUAAUAACUAAAACUUUGUGGAAAGGUAUGGUUGUGGAGACGACUUCGAGACGACAGACACAAAUAAAUAUAAAACAAUUCGCCAACAAUCCGAUGGAAAUCUACUUAAAUACGAAAGGAAAACCACGAACCAGAUGUCCACCACCGCAGUUGCCAACAACGUCCUACCACAACAAUCAUCACCAUCAUCAUCAAUCAUCCCGUGAGAUUGCUUGGCAUCAAAUCCGAGAAGAUUACAUUCAUGAUUCGCACAUAGCUGGCUCGAAAAAGCUCAGUUUCGGUUUGAGAAGAACAAAUACCGAGAAAAGUUUACAAAACAAAAAACGAGUCAUCCAAAUGCUGUUCGUGGUUGUGUUGGAAUUUUUCAUCUGUUGGACACCGCUAUACGUUAUCAAUACCGUGGCGCUGUUCCAUCCGCAAUUGGUCUACCAACAUCUCGGAUAUCAGACGAUUAGCUACUUUCACCUAUUGGCCUACAGUUCGAGCUGCUGUAAUCCGAUCACUUACUGUUUCAUGAAUCGAGGAUUUCGGGCGGCGUGUUUGAAUUUGUUUCGAUUCUGUAAGAAAUUUGAUGAGACACGUCGCAUCAGCAUUGUUGGCGGCAUGACACAGAGUAGCGAGGUAACAUAGUUGAACCGGAUUUAUAGGGAAGCUAAAUUAUAGGAUUAUCCGAUUUUUUGUAAGAGAAAGCAUACGAGCAUACGAGCUACCUCAUUGUAAGAAAUGAAUAAAUUGCCUGGAAGAGAUAUUUCCAUAUAAAAUGAAUUGUGUAAAUAGCAAGAUUGGAAGAGAGAAGAAAAAUGCCCCCCGUACAGUCGGAACUUCCAAUUGCGAUUAUUUUCUUUAACCGAACACAACGAGCAACUUUUUGUGUACAUAAGACCGUUCGUCGGGUUUAAAUCGAACAGACGCUAAACGAUUUAUAUCGAUGAUGUAUCGAUGGCUAUAUAGAAUUAUACAUAUUCCACCUUGUGGCUAUCUUUUUAUUAGCUUACAGUCCGUUGUUGAUGUUUUCUUUAGCAACAAUUCUACAGUUUACUGGUAAUAUGUGAAGAACUGUUGUUUGUGGAUUGUUGUGAUUUACUAGCAUGAAGUCAAUGAGUCAAUACUAUA